AUGCUCUUGGAAGCCUCCCCCCUCUCUCCCUCCGAAGAAAACAAGGCCACCUGUCGUGUUGAACACGAGCACGCGGUGUCGACACAGCCCCGCCUUCCUCCCCCCUGCGAGCGAGACGUGCGCAUGCUCAGGCACUACUUCGAUCCCUCCACUCUGCCGGGCAACCGGGAGGACGCCAAAAGGAAGAAGGAGGCGACCGGGAGAGCCCUCCCUCGUCAGACUCAAGAAGUGCUGGCCCGUGGGGUUGAAGACAUGGAAGGACAGGUCUAUAAAAGGACACAAAAAAUUUGAGUAAUGAGUGUGUCCAUUCUCCCAUCCAAUGCUUUUAGGAUUUACUUGCCCUCGACCAAGUUACGCAGAGCGCCCCGGGAUGGCAACUGGCAAAUGGCCGUUUGCACCCUCCACACCGCGCGAAUGACAGCAUGACUGAAGGGCAGGCUCCGUCUUCCAAGCCUGAGAAUAUCCUACGCAUCGGCAUUCAGAUCCGCGUCCGGGAUCGAGCAUACCGCUUCUCAUGCCGAUGAUGUCCUAUUCAAAGAUUAUAUGCAAAAUUUCGACUGCACCCGUACAAUCGAGCGCCUUAAGAGGACCUCGGAAACGACCAAGGUCGUAUCGUAUCUAGUGUCGGACUCGCAGCGGCUAAAGGAAAAGGCGCUAGAGAGGUACGGGCCAGAUUUACUCGUCGCCUCCACCCAGCCGAACACACAUGUUGCCCAUACGCGGUCCAAAGAUUUAGAGGAACCUGAUAAAAUGAUGAUGGAUCUUGGAUCGGCCGCUGCUGACAUGCUUGGCCUCGCCGAGAACGAUUUUUAUCGUGACGCAGAAUAUCAGCUUUGGUAGGAUCGGCGCCUUGCUGAGCGGGCGUUAGAAUCAUAACUGGUCGUUGUCCUCGGAAAGCAAUGAACGCUUUUCAUAUCGUCCUGCACACUAUGUUCGACUGGAGGACAUGGCCAGCACAUGGAGCGGUGUGUAGGAAGGGCUUUACACCUUGCUUGCCUCGAUCCCUACAUCGAAAGAACAGACGAGCAUGUAAUAAAA